ACCAACUUAAGCAAAGAAAUGGAAUCUGUAAUGAAAGAUAUUAAAAAUACCACUCAGAAGAAAUAUAGAGACUAUAGCAAGACCCCAGGCUCUCCAGACAAUGAUUUUCUCUUUAUGUACUCUGUUGCUAGAACCAAUUUGGAACUUGAAUUGAUUCACCGAGGAGGCAACUUGUGUUCAGGUGGUGCAAGCACAGCUGGUAAAAGAUCUUGUUUAAAUCAACUGUUUCAUGUAUUAGCCUUGCACAUGCGACUUUACAGCAUUGACUCUGAGUAUAAUCCCUGGAGAAAACUCACCCACUUAGAAGAGAUGAGUUCUCAACUUGGAAAUGAAGAACAACAGCCUGAAGUUCCAAUUCUUUAUCAUGAUGCAACAUCCCUUUUGCUCAUUCAGAUCUUAAUGAUGCCACAACCCUUACGCAAAGACCACUUCACCUGCAUUGUGAAGGUACUUUUUACCCUACUGUACACACAGGCUCUUGCUGCACUUUCAGUCAAAUGCAGUGAAGAAGAUAGAUCAGCCUGGAAACACAUGGGUGCUCUCAAAAAGAAUUCAUGUGAAGCAGAAAAAUCCUAUGAAGUUUUAUUGAGCUUUGUGAUAAGCGAACUCUCUAAAGGGAAGUUAUACCAUGAAGAGGGAACUCAGGAGUGUGCAAUGGUUAGCACUAUUACUUGGUCUCCUGAAUCCAUAGAAAAAUACUUACAGGACUUCUGCCUACCUUUUCUCAGAAUCACCAGCCUUCUUCAGCAUCACCUUUUUGGGGAAGAUUUACCUGGCUGCCAGGAAGAAGAAGAAUUUUCAGUUCUUGCCAGCUGUCUGGGACUUCUGCCAACAUUUUACCAAACAGAACAUCCAUUCAUCAGUGCCUCCUGUCUGGAUUGGCCAGUUCCAGCAUUUGAUAUUAUAACUCAGUGGUGUUUUGAGAUAAAAUCAUUUACUGAAAGACAUGCAGAACAAGGAAAGGCCUUGCUUAUUCAAGAGUCAAGAUGGAAAUUACCACACCUACUACAGUUGCCUGAGAAUUAUAACACCAUUUUUCAGUACUACCACAGAAAAACCUGUAGUGUCUGCACCAAGGUUCCUAAAGAUCCUGCUGUUUGCCUUGUUUGUGGUACUUUUGUAUGCCUGAAAGGACUCUGCUGCAAGCAACAAAGUUACUGCGAAUGUGUAUUGCAUUCCCAGAACUGUGGUGCUGGAACAGGGAUUUUCCUUUUGAUCAAUGCAUCAGUGAUUAUCAUCAUUCGAGGUCACCGCUUCUGCCUGUGGGGUUCUGUAUAUUUGGAUGCUCAUGGAGAGGAAGACCGAGAUCUUAGGCGAGGCAAACCUCUCUACAUUUGUAAGGAAAGAUACAAAGUUCUUGAGCAGCAGUGGAUUUCUCAUACUUUUGAUCACAUCAAUAAAAGAUGGGGUCCACAUUACAAUGGGCUGUGACUUACCACCUCAGCAUUGCAUUAUAUCAUUAUUUCCAUUAAGAAUUUAUUUUAUCAACAAUAAGCUUUAACUUAAUUUGGGGGAUUAACACUUUUGCUGAGGGAAAACAGAAAACAUACAUUAUGAAGCCUUUCCAAAAUUAGGUGCUUGGUAAUUACAUUAAUGGUAUAAUUUUUUUUUUAAGUAUCUGGAGAAUAUAACAAAUAACAAGUUAAAUUAUUCUUUAGUGGUCUUUUUUUUUAAGUGCACAAUUAAUAAGAAGCACAACUUGUUCACAAAAUCAUUCAGAAAUGAUUCUCCCAACAGUGUAUAUCUGCUAUUCAUUGAUACUUAGAGUGGGUGUGAUUUAUUUGAAAUUUUACUGCUUCUUUCUGUCUGUGUAUUUUAAUUUGCAUCUGCUAAGCAUAAUGCAUCUUUUUCCUCUGCCAUUCUUGUGUUGAUUUGAGAAUUUUGCUGUAUGUAAUUAGAAAAAAAUGUAAAACAUGAUUUAUGUGAAAUAUUGUAUAGUAAAAGUUGGUCUAAUAGUAGAACUUUAAAAUGUUUUCUUAUUGUGAGGAAUCUGUUAAAAGUUUAAGGCUUUGCUGAAAAACUUAAUUCAUUCUCAGGAAUUUCAUAAAUCUUCUCCCCAGGUAAAUAAUUGAAAUAACUGUAAAAUAAGUAGAUAGCUGCUGUUAAUAUAAUACAGUACAUUUUGGGGGGCAUAUGUGUGGUUGGGGAGGUCCUUAAAAUUUUUAAUUUGCCAUUUCAGUUGGGUGAAUUACUAGAGGUAGUAACAAAUAGAUUUUACUGUUCAAGAACAUACACAUGGUUCAAAAACAUACACAUGGCAGAUUUUGAUUCUGUGCAUGCCCGUCUUUUAUUACCAACCAAGGUUUUGUUUAUAUGAUUGGAUUAGAAAUGCUCAGACUUCCCCACAAAUGAACCAUAAGUUUUGGAACUUUCCUAUCAGCUCAGGAGGUUCAGCUAUUUUUUGUUUGUGCAGUGUAAUCACUGCUAUUUCUGCUUGGUUUCCUAAAAGGAAAAAAAGGCUCAGUGGUGAUGACCUUUAUGUAUGAGCUGUGUAUCUGCAUUCUUUUAGAAACUGCUGUGAAAAGCAAUUUAUGUGUGUAGUGUUUUUACAUCAGUAAGAAUGGGAAUGAUUGAACUAAAACCACUCUAUAAGUAGGGAAGGAAGAUUACAGAAAAGCAUGCUAUAUAUUGCUACCAAGAUUUUUUCCCCAAAUGAUUGGGUAAUUUGAUGAGUAUUUCACAUAUAGUGCUGUCAAGCAAUUCCUGGUACUUUGAACUUCCAUGACUUGUUAUAUAAAAUUACAUUUUUACAUGUAAAAAUAAACUAAAAAACGAAUGAUAAACUAUAAAAAUAACAUCAGACCCAUGUUCUAAAAACAUUUUGUAAUGACAUAAUAUUGCAGAAUAUGAAAAUGGACAUUAUAUGAUGGCCUUGCAUUGAAAUAGGGAAAGCAGAGCAGUACAUAUUCAAAUGUGUUCAAAAAGUCAAAAAAUUACCUAUAGCUCUACAAUAAAAUACAUGGAAAUAGCUUGCUAUUUUUUAUAUACAUUUCCCAAAUAUUAAGAUAAUUUUCUGUAAGACUAAAAUGAUUCUUUUGGACUAAAUAGCUGUCCUUUCCAACACAUUGCUACUUUUUAAAGUACUGUAUCAUAAGUUCAGCCUGUCAUAUUUUUUGCAUUGAUCAUUAUGAAUAACAGACCAUUUGUAAGUGUGGUUGAAGAGCAAAAUGCUAAUUUACAUCUCUAGUACAUACUAUUACAAGAUUCAUGAACUUGAAUAAUUCUACAGUCUGAAACGCUGAUGCUAUAUAUACACGGUAUAAUGUAUUCAGGCUUUGAUUACUACUUAUUUAAAAUGGAAUGUUUUAUGGUUGUGCAUACAGAUGUGAAGUGAAAAUAUUAGCCUUAACUUUAAAAUUUGGGUAUUUGAUAGUGUUUAUUUUGAUAUUGGUGAAUUAGUCACCAGUAAAUUUUAAAAAAGCACUUGAUUGAAAAUUGUACUUGAAUACAUACAUGCAUGCUGCUAAACUAGAACUUUAAUUUUUUCCCCAUAACUUUUAUAAGCCCCAUUUAUAAAUCUACUUUUAAAAAUAACAGGUCCAAGUUAGAGUGAUGUGUGUAUAUUAUUCAAAAAAAUGUACUGGUGUGAUAUCUUGUAUGAAUGAUCAUUUAAAUACAGUACAUUACUGUAGAAGCUAAAUCAGUCUUUAUAAUUAAGCAGAAAUCACAAAACUAGAAAUAAUCAACAUUGUAAGAUAUGUUAAUAAAAGCCUACUGUCAUUUGGUUUGUGAAAGGUCCUUAAAA